AUGGUCCGAAGCCAAGAAAAUUCACGGUACAAUCAGUCCAUUCCCAAUGUCCCAAUUACCACCUCCGUAUCCCCAACUUGGAAGCUCUACGAAAAUCCCUAUUAUACAUCUCAGAAUAAUGUUCGGCAAAUACAGCAAAUUCAUCAUCUCCAACUUCCUAUAUCUGCACGAAAGAUUGCAGCUUCUUUCUGGGAUUUAAACUUUAUUAAGCCAUUUGUGGAAUCUGAGCUUAAAAUGGCUCGAGCGCAGAUCAUUGAACUGAAGGCUGAGCUAGAAUUUGAACGUAAAACGCGUAGAGAAAUGGAGUCUUUGAACAAAAGACAAGCUAGAGAACUAUCCAAUGAGAGGAAGGGAAGAGAAUCCUUGGAGAAACAACUUUCAUCUGAUAAAGCAAAAAUCAGUAGGAUGAAGAAAGAAAUGGAGGAGGAAAGGAAAAUGAUGAGAACAGCAGAGGUUAUCAGGGAAGAACGCAUACAAAUGAAACUUACAGACGCAAAACUCUUGUUAGAAGAAAAAAUGUUGGAAUUAACGGAUGCCAGAAACAUACAAAGGGAAUCAUCAGUUUCCAUGAAAGACGAUCAUGGUCGUCGCAAUAUAACUGCUUCAAAUGCUGCUGAUUGUGUUUCUUUAGGACAAAAUUUAAGGUUGGUUUUGGCCGAGAAGCCGAGUUGUGGGGUUCAUUCAAUGGCAGUGAAGAGAAGAGCUAUUUCAGAGCCAGAAAAUCCUCAUAUUAAACGAGGGAUUAAAGGGUUUGUUGAGUUUCCAAAAGUUGUUCGAGCAAUUGGUUGCAGUCGAAGCAAGGAAUUUGGCAGCAAAUUGGAGUGUCAAGAGGCGCAGCUAAAGAUACUAUUGAAACAGAAAGGUCCAGUCCAAUUGGAUUGCCUUAGUGCAAGCUAA